UUCAAAAACAGUGACCGGAUGAUUAUUUGCCCUCGCUAGCUUGACAGCCCCUGGACAGCCCCUCGUACUACCGUGACAGUUGCAGUAAACUUAUCUGGUGCUGCUCUCUGCGUUGACAAAAUACCUUGCAGUUGCCAAAACUGACUGAAAAUGCUGUCUUACAUCAUUGGUUUGAUCCGAGGUGGCUUUGACAGUAUCGUCAACUUGAUCUUCAGACUUCUCUUCUCAAAGAGGAGACCAGCCCUCACCUUAGAGGACCCCAACAUCAAGUAUGCACUGCGGCUGCUGGACAGACAGAUUGUCAGCCAUGACACAAGGAAGUUCCGAUUUGCCCUGCCUUCCCCUGAACACAUUCUCGGUCUCCCUAUUGGGCAGCAUAUCUACUUGUCUGCAAAAAUAGAUGGGAAACUGGUGGUUCGUCCGUAUACACCAGUGUCCAGUGAUGAUGACAAAGGCUAUGUGGACUUGGUGGUGAAGAUUUACUUUAAAGACGUUAAUCCUAAAUUCCCAGAGGGUGGGAAGAUGAGUCAGUACUUGGAGAGCCUGAGGAUCAACGACACUAUUGACUUCAGAGGACCCAGUGGUCUUCUUGUUUACAAAGGCAAAGGUGUUUUUGCUGUACAACCAGAUAAAAAGUCCCCAGCUGACACCAAGACAGCCAAACAUGUAGGCAUGAUCGCUGGAGGAACCGGAAUCACUCCCAUGUUGCAGCUCAUCACAGCUAUGAUGAAGGAUCCACAGGACAAGACAGUGUGUCACCUGCUGUUUGCCAACCAGACUGAGAAAGACAUCCUGUUGCGACCAGAGUUGGAGGAGAUCCAGGUCAACCACCCGGAUCGGUUCAAGCUGUGGUUCACCUUGGACAAAGCACCUGAAGACUGGGAGUACAGCCAAGGCUUCAUCAGUGAAGACAUGGUGAGGGAACACCUGCCGCCUCCAAGUGAAGACACUCUCAUCCUGAUGUGUGGACCUCCGCCUAUGAUCCAGUUCGCCUGCAACCCCAAUCUGGACAAAGUUGGCCACUCCAGCAGCCGCAGGUUCAUCUUCUAGACGUCUGUCCACACCAGAGAAAGGCGGUUUGGGCGUCCAGUUAUUAUAUUCUCUACCUUGAAAGCAUUAAGGCACUCGUACAGUUGCAGUGGGUAUUGCACUAUGUAUGUAUACUAUAUUUAUGCCAUCAUAUCCAUCAUGCAACAGAAUCACAGCACGGACCAAUUAAAGUAAUUAGUCACGGAAGGAAAAUGGUGAAUGUUUGGGAUUGAAGAUGUGAGGACUUUUUUGUUAGUGUUGGCUUGGAAAUGAGGAUGUGAUUCCAAAUCAGUUGCAAGCUAUUUUUAAGAGUUGAGGUUCAUUAUUAUUGUCUGUUUUCUGAGUGCCUUAACACUUGCAAAGCUUUUUUAUGCACAGUUUGAGUCACAGCCACUUGCUUCAUUUAUAUAGAAUAUUAUUCCAUUAUUGUUGUUGUCACGUUGAAGAUGUCAAUAUUUUGCUAAAACAUGUUCAUUGACUUGCUGAACGCGAUGUUACUGAUACUAUGUCCAUGCUGCAAGUUAUGCAACAUAAAAAAAGCAACUGAUCUUAAAUUUGAUGCUUUGAUUAUUCUGUAUUAUGACGGACUCUGUCAACCUAUAAAUCAUCCUCAUCUACAACUGUUGUAGCAUCUACCUGUAAGCAAGAUGCUACUAAAAAUAAGAGACAAAUGCAUUUUCUUCUUUUUAUUACCAUACAUUUAAAAACUGAUUUCCAUGUUUACUUUCAGUCAUGCUGUUUCUAAAAGGAAGAGGUUGACAUUUGGAGAAAAAACACUUUCAUGCACAGAGCUUGAGGAUCAAUACCACUCGUUGAGUAUAGAGCUAGCCAGGAGUUUAUUAGCUUAGCAUAAAGACUAGAAGUAGAGAGAACGGCUUAAGAAUACACCUAUCAGUACCUCUAAAGCUCACUAAUUAACAUGCAUCUCAUUUGGUCAAUUUGUGGUUUUAGGGAGAGUUACGUGUUGGUAAACAGCAUUUGGAUUAAAGAGAUGCAUGUUAGUGAGCUUGAGAGGUUCUGGUGGGCUUUUGAGAGAGACAAGCCUCCAGUUUUUAUGCUAAGCUAAUCACUUCCUGACUGCAGCUUCAUACUUAAAGACACAAGAGUGGUAUCGCUCUCCUCAUCAAAUUCUAGGAAAGGAAGCAAAUAUAGGCAUAUUUCCCAAAACACUUUCUUACUACCCCCUCUAGUGGUAUCUAGUCAGGCAGAUAGUUUAGGUUUUAUUGGUCCAGGUUUUGAGAUAUCUGCCUGAACCCCAACACUGUGCAUUACAUGGGGGUUGCUCACAGGAUUGAAAACUCAACAGCAACAUCUGUCCAGAAGCAGCGUGAUGCUCGGAACACAUUAUCAACCGUUUUCAUAAUAGAAAGAAGUGGUUUCAAUGGAAACUGUUCAGUGUGAGGGUUAUAUACAGUGUUAACAAGGACAAAUGUGUUCAAUGCUGUGAGCACCACACACAAAAUCCCAAUCACUUCUAUAGUUGGAGUGGAGGCAGAGAUUUCAAAACCUGGGCAAACAAAAACUAUCUAUGCAGCUAGAUAUCACUAGAAGUAAAAGAGAGAGGGUUUGCUGUAAUUUGAAUGAACUGAUCUAUGAAGCAACUUUCCGUACCACAACAAAAAUAAAU